GGAAUCGCUGUGUUGGUUAUCGAGGACCAUGAAGGGGGACCAUGUUCGGCAGCAAGAGGUACUGUAGCGUUUGCAGAAGAAGGAAGAUAGAACUCAGGCACUUGAAGCUGCACCCGUUUCCCAAGGACCCGCAGAGAUGCAUGGAGUGGCUAAGAAUCUUAGACAUUCCCUAUCUGAAGGACAAGACGUUGAAACAGCUAAAUGAAACUUACAGGGUUUGCAGCUUGCAUUUUAGCGACGAUCAGUACCAUCAUUCUGGGAGACUAAUGUUCAGUGCUUAUCCAUCUGAAGAAUUAAGCAACAUGUCUGAUGUGCGAACUGAAAGGGAGAACUCACCAGAGUUUAUUGAGCCUGGAGAACUGCCAGAUGAAUUAAUGGAGGUAUUUCAGGACAGCGAUUUUGGCGAGGACUCAAACAGCGGAAAUAGGGCCAACGCACUGAAACUAGAACAUAGCGGCUCACCCCCAAGGAGGUUAGAGGAUGAAUCAUCAAGAUUAAUGGAGUUUGAGCUACCUGAAGAGCCUGAGGAGAAAUUCAGACCACAAGAACCCUCAAAAAAAUUAAUUGAAGUUGGUCAUACUUUGGAAAGUGGAUUGUUUGGAGAAAAAGGUAUCAUUGAAGUUGAUUUACUUGAAAUGGAUGACGAUGACAUUGAUGUGUCAGACUCGGAGAUAAUGAAGGAAAUUUCAUCAAGAUUACCAGACAACCCAGGCAACCCAGGCAACCCAGACAACCCAGACAACCCAGACAACCCAGGCAACCCAGACAACCCAGACAACCCAGACCACCCAGACCACCCAGACAACCCAGACCACCCAGACAACAAAACUUCUGAGGAGGAAACAGGCUCAAAAUCAAGGCUAGGAGAGCAAUCAGAAGGCACUCUGGACGUUAGUCAUGACAGUGAUCCAUUUGUUGGGUCUGGUGGCCUGAUUGAAGUUGGAUUACUUGAUGUAAAGGAUGAACCUUUAGAGUAUGCCAACUCAGAUGAUAAUGAUGUAGAUGGGGAUGACGAGGAUGAAGAUGAUGACGAUGGAGAUGAAGACGGGGACGAGGACGGAGACAACACAGCAUUGGAAGAAGACCCCCUCCACAUUGACGCAGAGUUCCUCAACAUGAAGAGCGAAUCACCAGAACCACCUAAGUAUUCCAGCAAGCUAUCUAUGGACGGUGACCAUGGACAGGGUGGGUCGUCUAAGCUGACCUCUGUGCGUAGAUUAACCUCAAAGACAUACAAGCAAAUAAAAAAGUUCAAUCUGCGAUCUAAGAAGACUAAAAUGCUGCAGAAAAAGUCUAAGGCAAAGGUGAGAGUGAACCGGUGCUCCCAGUGUUCUUGCCAGAGAAGCAAUGAUGAACACCGUGAGUGUUCAGCUCAUGCACAGUGCUCCAGAAGUGGGCACUUUGAUCCUCUCUCUUGUGAAAUCUGCUGUCCCAGUGUGCAGGCACUGCUGGACGCAGACACAAUUGAUAAGGAUUCUGAACACUGGAGGAAACUGAAGAAUCGGUUCCUAGUUGCAACAAAAUGGGCUUCUAGAAAGAAUGUUCCCAUGAACUGGCUGGACGAAAAGCUAGCACACAAACUGCAGAUGGUCAAGGAUCCUUUCCAUGCCAGCAAUGCAACAACACAAGUAGCAGUUGCUGAACCAAAAGUACCACAGGACAAGCUCGUGGAUGAAAAGCCAAGCAUUCCACUCCCUUCACAAGAGUACUUUUCGUCCUCGUCCACAGAUGGGUCUACAGGGUCAAAUUAUGGUUCUCGUACAAAUAGGAGAAAGAAAAAGAAAAAGAAAGCAGCUCAGUGUUCUUGUUGCUUAAUACCAAUAAGAGAAGAUGGGCAUCGCAAGUGCUCAGCUCAUGCAUCCUGCACAAAAUCUGGAAUCUUUAACCCUCAGGCUUGUCGUAUCUGUUCACCACAUGUUAAGGCUUUACUAAAAGCAGAGACAGUUGACAAGAAAUCUGUCCAUUGGAAAGCAUUAAAGGGUCGCUUCACUAAUGCAAAAAAGUGGGCUGCAAGAAAGGGCCUUGUUUUGAAAUGGGGAGAUGAUAAGCUAGCACAUGCACUCCAGUUGAAUAGAGAGUACAUGCGUUCAAAGAGUGAGGUUUCCACAGCGUCCCCUGCUCAACAACAAUCCAAUACUCCCAGCUCUGACACUCUUCAAGAGAGCCAAUUAUCUCAGGACAAAUUCAGGGACAUCGUAUAUCAAUAUGUCACCGAGGUACUAAAGGAGAAAUGUAGUGAAGACCUCUUACAAAACUUGCCUGCAGCUCAAUCUUCCAAAGCAUCCAGGGGUAAGAGGGGUAAGGUUGGAUCUUUGUCACAUUUGCCGUCACCAAAAAGGAGAAAAAAAAUGACUCCCCAUUCUGCAUUAGACCAUUCUCUGUCAACAAAGGAAGGUUCAUCUUCUGUACAUUCCUCUACCAUUCCCUCGUCAUCUUUUGAAUCGGCUAUGCCACUUCCAUACCCUGUAAGCCCAGAUAAACCACCUGCCAUAGGUGCGCUUGGAGAGGGUUCAGGUAAUUCGCUUCCAGGUAUAUGGUUCCCAGUGCCGUCAGAUUGGAAUGUUAGUAUGGUCGGUGGAAAACUGGUAGCUACAAAACCAUAUGUUGAUGAAAACGGUGCAGUGUCUCGUCAACCGAUUGAGAAUGUUGAGUUUCAAAUCACCCGGAACUCAGGUAAUAGCGUCAUGAAAUGCAGAUAUGUUCCCUCAACAGACAGCAAUUCUUAUCUUUCGUGGGAGGCGGCUAUGAACAGGCUGAAGCAGUCUUUGGCUGAAGCAGAUCAGCUUUUUCCGGAAAAACAUUCCAACGUUACUGUAGCUCUAUCUCCCACAUCAAAUGGACUGGAUGUAGAUUUUCAUCAAGAGCCAUCUGAUGUAUUAACAGCACUUGGAGAAGACUUUUUAGAUCUGUGGAGAUCUGUAGCGGAUGCAUAUGCACCCAGGAUGUUGUCUAUGCCUCCAGGAUUUGCAGGGGUGAGUUCCAUUGCUGGGUCAUCAGCUUAUGCUCAGGUAUUUCGAUUUCUGUCUGCUCCUCGCAUCCACAUGGAUGACAUCCCUGUGCACCUGCGUCGGCCUCGGAUUCAUUAUGUUGAGGCGGAUGGGAGAACUCGGCAAUCGGCAUUAGCUCUGAGUUCAGUCCAGGCUGCUUUGGCAUAUGGCUCUGACUUUGCUGGCAGGAUGGCUGAGAAAUUACAGUCAGAUCCUGAGCUAGAUGCAGUAACAGUGAUUCGCCUCUUGCAACAGCAAAUGCUAGAUGCAGCGCAGUCCUUGACAUUCCACAUCAAGGACCUUCUUAAACAAGCAAUUCACUUUCGGCUUUGUUUGCGUAAGGAUACUCUGCCAAAACUACCUGAAAGUCAUCAUUAUAAGAUCCUGAAGGGGGAUGCCUUUGCAGCAGAUAUUUUUGGACCGGCUUUAGAAAAAGCUAUGAAUUUCAAACCACCCACGACAAAGGACUAGUCAUAUGAGGACACUAAAGGGAGUUUAUUCUCCCUCAACCACUUUUAGUUCUAAGCAGGACUUUAUUUUCUAUUUGCGAAGCAGUUCCAGCUUCACUUGUAAGUAAAUAUCACUUCCUAGAAAGACAUUUUCAUAGUGCAACUCAGUAUGAAAGAUUGUAUUUAUCCAGCAUUUAUGGAUAAGUGCUGGAUACAACUUACAAAUAAGGUUUGUAAUUAGUGUUUAUGAAUGUGGUAAAUUGCAUGAUAAUGGUAAGAUGAAAUAAUAUUUUUUGUAUGGCCAGUUUUAAAACCGCGUCUCAUCUAGAAUGAGACAAUUUAGGAAGUAAAACUGAAAGGAUGAAAUUACAAUAAAAUUGAUAAGUGAA